AGGAAGCGACCGAGUCAAAACAAGUUCCAGGCAGUGAUGAAGGGUCCAGGAAGCGUAGGCGUGCACACCGAGCUUGACAAACUUUGAUCUGUCACACCUUUUCCUGUUCCUGUUUUGAGUUUUGUGUUCAUGUUUUGCAUUCGCUUGAGUGCUGUGGUUAGGUCUGCUGCACAAUGAUGAUCUGAUUUUAUCUCGUUUUGUUUUUAUCUUUGAAGAUGGCACUGAUUCAAAUAGCCAUUGUGCUUGCCAUCGUUCCUUCAGCCUACUGCUAUGCUGCUACUUUGCAAGACUUGGCCGGGGCUAACAGGACCUCCAUUAAGUUCCUAGCAUUGGGAGACUGGGGCGGUUUACCUUACCCCCCCUACAUGACUGUGGUGCAGAGUGCCACUGCUCAUGAAAUGUCUAAAGUAGCAGAGCAGAUGGGAGCGGACUUUGUUCUGGCCCUUGGUGAUAACUUCUACUUUAAAGGUGUGGACACAGUGGAUUCUCCGAGAUUCAAGGACACCUUUGAAGCUGUGUACACAGGAAAGUCCCUCAAUGUGCCCUGGUACGUUCUAGCUGGCAAUCACGACCACGCGGGGAACGUCCAAGCCCAGAUUGACUACACCCAGAAAUCUGCAAGAUGGAACUUCCCUUCCUACUACUAUGAGCUGGACUUCCGCAUCCCCAAAACGGACAAAACGCUGACCAUCAUCAUGCUUGACACUGUAAAGCUGUGUGGGAACUCUCUGGACUUUGUGGAUGAGAAGCCCAAACGCCCCAUGAGUGAAGCAGAUGCCAACCGGCAGGUGAAAUGGCUGGAGGAGAGGCUGGCUCAGUCAAAGGCCGAUUUCCUCCUCGUGGCCGGUCACUACCCGGUGUGGUCAGUGUCCGAACACGGGCCCACCGAAUGCCUCCUGCAGAGGGUCCGCCCGCUGCUGCUCAAAUACAACACUACGGCCUACUUCUGCGGCCACGAUCACAAUCUGCAGUACAUUUAUGAGUCCGGGGUGGGCUAUGUCGUGAGCGGCGCCGGAAACUUCCUGGAUCCGGAUAUGCGCCACUGGAAACGUGUCCCCAAAGGUUCCGUCAAGUUCUUCACUGGCCGCUUUUCCACCCUGGGAGGCUUUGUACAUGCGGAAGUCACAAAUACCAAGAUGAUAGUCACCUUCUACCAGGCUAAAGGCACUUCUCUCUUUCGCGCAGUGCUCGCACCGAGGAAUGGCAAAUAGGUGACAUGGGAGCUUCAACUUUUUGCGCCAAAAUUUAGCAUGGCGUCAUCUUUUUAAAAAUGUUUAAAAUUCCAAUUUUAUCAAACAUUUUGCAAGGGCUGAUGUUGCUCUAAAGAGGGACACCCUAAAUAAAAUGGCCUUUGCCGCUGCAAGGGUUCUUUCUGCAUUCUUGAACAUUGUCAAUUAUCAGCACUGCUGAACUGUUUUGACUAUAAACAAAUUUACAUUGUGCUGUCAGUCAAAAAAAAAAGAGACUCGAACCCCUCAUCGUGUGUUUUCUGUCAAAGGGAACUUAGGAUAAUGGUGGCUUUUUCUGGUGAGGACUUGUACAGUGAAAGCCUUGUACUGUACAUCCUUAACUUGAAAAAAGUAUCCAUCAAUUAUGACUGACAUAAAUUGUAUGUUGGUAAUGUACAUAGGUGGCAUGUCAGAAGAUUAGGCUCUUUUCACUUUUAAUUUUGUUGAAAUCCUAAAAUGAGUUGCGAAGAAUUUUGUUUGUAUAUUUCUGGUUGCGUCCAUAUCAUUUACAAGGAAUGCAUUCAGUAAUCUUCCAUUGCUUUUCAAUUUGUCCGUGUCAUUCUUUCUUGUAUGUUUGUUUUAUGUAUGGUAAGGUCCCAAAUUUGGAUAACCCUCCAGUAAGUCUUGUUUAGCACCCGUAUGUCUGCUGGUACCGAUGUUUAUCUGUGUUCUGCUGUAGCACUUCAGUCAGAAGGAUUGUGGUGUUCUUGAUAUCCAUCUAAUGGUUGCACUUGCAGACAGUCUGCGUCCGUAAGCCAAAUGGCUGUUAGUGUCACUUGUAUAAAUAAAUAUCCA